UGCUCGUGUAUAUGCAUAUAUUAUGUGUGCGUUUUUGCAAUUAAAUUAAUUUUGUAAUAAUUAUAAAAACUUUAAAAGUCACUUGAUUAGAUAAUUGUUUUACUGUUUUUCAGUAAUAGAAGGAUUUUUAAAAAGUAAUUUAAAAAAUUUUUUUAUCUUCUCUCAUGUGAGGCUAAAACAAAAAGAAGGAAAAGAAAAUAAAAGAAAGGUAAUUUAGUAAAUGAAUAAAUUUACAUUUUUAUUUAAAAUAUUAUAACAGAAUGUUGAUAAAUGAUACCGUAAUGGAGUUAGAAGGUCAUAAAAAUGACGCAAUAAAUAGUAUUGAAAAAUUACAUUUGCAAGAACAAGAUGAGAAAGAAAAAGAUGAAGUGAAUUUAACAUCGAACGAGGAUAUCGAUGCAAUACAAAUGUAUGAUUCAACGAUCGAAAUAGUAGGUUUCAUUGAUGGUAUUGAGGCACCCCGUUAUGUAGGUGAAAAUAAACACUUUAAAUUUUUUAAAUUUUAUAUUAAUAACGGUUGUGGAAAACGAAUACAAAUAGUUGCAUGGAACGAUGAAAUUGAUUGUAUCGAACAUAAAAUCAAAUCAAAUUCUAUCAUACAUAUAUUUGGACGGAGUUCAAGCAAGAAUACCUAAAAUUGCUAACUAUAAUAACGGAACUGUACCGUUUGAAUUACAUAUUCGAAGCAAUACUGUUGUUACAAUAUUAGGACAAUAUAAUCCAUCCAAUUUAAGUAAUAAUGAGGCAAAAGAAAUUGAAAUAAACGCUAUAUUAAAUACGUUUGGACGAGUCAGUAAGUUUACUUAUUGAAUUUUAAGACAAUUUAUUUUGAAAAAAAAUAUAAAGUGAUAAUAAAUCUGUCAAUGCUCGUGUCAAAA